GCAUAAAUUUCAUAAACUAUUACUCGUUCCCAAUACUUUCGAAAAUGACUUGCCCUUACCUUUCUGGUCGUACUAUGAUAAAUAUACACGAGGACGAAGUUAAAGCUGAGAUUAAUCAAAUUAAUGAUGAAUCGUCUAGGCAGAGUGAGCAACUACCAUCAAUCUCGAGCAGUGUUAGCGAUGGGGUUUACAAAGCAGCGAUCUUUACAGAUCAAAUUUCGUACAAUGGCUAUUUGCAGGUUAAGCAAAAUAGACAAUAAA